AUGUCGGCACUCUGUUACAGUGUAUUAACAGUCGCGGUACAGCAAUGUACAGAAUAUAAAUCGGCCAAAAGUUCCACUGUGUACAUUGAUGUAGGAGCUAACAGAGGGGACACAUUGCAGGUAUUUUAUAACACUUUAUCAGCCGAUUUAUCAAACAACCCAUAUGUUGAGUUACCGUACGACUACGAACCAUCGAAGUGGAAAGUGUUCGCCUUUGAAGCAGAUGAGAUUCACAGUGAUGAAUUACAUCAACUGCAAAAGAAGUUUCAUUUCAAACUCUAUAGCGGGACAGCAGCAUGGGUGGAUGAUUUAGGAGUUAUGUUAUACCUUGACCGAUCUGCCAAAACAAAUGGGUACUGGGGCACGUCUAUUUCUGGCACUAAACGUAAUCUGAACGACACACAUCCGGUGAAAGUGCAAAGCCUGGAUUUCAGUGCCUGGUUACGUGAACACGUGACUAAUGAUGACUUCGUGGUCUUGAAAAUGAAUAUAGAAGGUGCAGAGUUUGCUGUUUUGGAUAAAAUGCUUCGCGACGAGACUUUUUGUCUAAUAGAUCAAUUGUUUAUUUUUUACCAUGUCAAUGCAGCCUUUCAGAAAAAGAAUCCUUUGGCUAACGAUAUGCCAGGCCGGGUGACGCGGAAAGCACGAGAACCAUUUUGUGGAGUUCAGAUAUUAUUCCAGUCAGAACACUGA